GUGUGUGUGUGUGUGUGUGUGUGUGUGUGUGUGUGUGUGUGUAAAGGGGUGGGGGCUUGAGGGAUUUAUAAAGGCUCAUGAGCUUCUCACAAAGUGCAAAAGAGAGAAGACGAGAUAAAAGACACAAUUUGUACAUUUCCAACAUCAUAUAGAGGUGAUAAACAUGCGAUCACUUCUCAGCUGUGUGACUCUGUGUGCCGUCCUGGUGAUCGCACUGUGCUACGACUCUGAGGAGAGUAACGAGUCAUUUGAAGAUCAUGUGAAAAUGAAUCCCAACAGAGCUAACACAUUCAUCAGCACUUCAGGACGCAGGAAUUACUACCGACAGAGUUAUAAGCCUGUGAGUGAACUUCGCUCUGAGAUUUGUGAGGCUUAUGUUCAGUGUCGAAGGCUGGCGCAGCGCUACGGCUCUCAGAUGGCAUAUCACUCGUACUUCGCUAAUAACCAGGGCCGAAACUAACACUGGUUCUGAGCAGGCUACAUACUGUGUGUUCAGAUCCACACACUAACCCUGACAUCACAAACAAAACUACUUUUACUUUUCCACAAUCAUGUCUGUAACAUUUCUUUCUUUUUCUGAUUCCUGACUACAAUUCAGUUCAACUGAACCAGAUUAAGAUCCAAUUAAUCCGACUAAAAUCAAUUUAGCCAUAUUUAAUUCAACUGAAUCUAAUAAAACCCAUUUCAUAUAAACCUUAUCAGAUUAAACCAAAUGAAUCCAAGUGAAUUAGCUUUAACUGAGUUUACUUUCAUUUCUAUUAAAUGUAACUGAAUCUCUAUAAACAGAAUCAGAUGAAACCAGAUCAGAACUACGUUUGUGUAAUCAUGUAUUUUACUAAUAUUGUUUCUGACAUUCUAUUUGUAGUCUAUCUACUCACUUAUUUUCUUACACACACACACACACACACACACACACACACACUUGUACUUCACAUGUAAUCCUCAAACAGUUAUUUUUACACUAGAAUAAUUAAAAAAAAUAAUAAUAAAGUUUUCAUCACA